GUCGUAUUUUUCCCUCCUUUUUUCUAUCCUUCAAUUUAUUCUGCAUAUUAUUUUGAACUAGUUUUUACUUGUAAUGUGAAGUGUAUAGUAUAUAACGUUAAUAGUUAAUAAAUGAAGAUUAUAAGAAUAAAAAUGAGUUUUCAAAGAAAACGAUAUUAUUCACAUUAUGUUAGAAAAACAUCAUUUAUAAACAGACAAUGUUCAAAGUCGAAACUAAGAACAAAAGUUACAAAUCCGAUUCCAAUUGAAACAUAUAAAUCUACAGUGAAUUUGUUUGCAUCUAGAUGUCGAAUAAGGAAAACAGGCCGUACUACGGCAAAAAUCUCAAAAUAUCAUAUAUUAGAGAGUGGAAAUGUGGGACAAACAAUAUGUCAUGACAUACUGAAUACAGAUAUUGGACUUAAUAAAUGUUAUAGAAACAUUAAUUUCAAUGUUGUUACGCCUAUCUUGUCACCGAUUUUAGAAUCAUUCAGAAAUCGGCAUAAUAGAUUUAAUUAUUCAGAGAAACUGAAAUGUAUAAUCGCAAGAGAUAGCAAUAAGUAUGAGAAGCAAAAAAAAUAUAAGAAUCAAAUUGAUCGACGUUCACUGAAAUCUUUCUUUAAUUUGCUAUUAGAUAAAAAUAUUCCUUUGCAAUUAUUUGGAACAAGAAAAAAUUUUAAAGUUAUAAAAAGAAGAAUAGGCUGCCUUUUAAGAACUGUCCCAAAAAAUAAUAUCAUUAUAACAAAAGCUUUUAAAAGAACUGUGAAAAGAAAAAAAGCUACUGGAGCAUCAUUAAACAUGCAACCAUUAUUCAAUAAAUUUGAUAUUUCUAAUAUUGAGUGGUUGCAUUUAAUUAACAAUGAUACAAUACGAUGGAUAAUUGUUUUAAAACUGUUACAUUGGUUCUUUGCACGAUAUAUAAUAAAAAUUUUACAUCAAUAUGUGGUAUUGCUAUCACUUAGAAGUCAAUGGGUUUAUAUUGCAAAAGAUGAUUGGUGCAAUAUGCAGGAAGAAUUUAUAAAGAAAAAAAUAAAUACAUGUGGUCUUAUACCAUGUACACCUAGGAAAAUAGACAAGUUGAAAUUUAAUAUACCUGUUGGAACAUAUAGAUAUAUCCCAACUUCCUCUGGCUUGAGAGCUUUAUUAAUAACAAAAUAUAAUAUUAAAAAAGAAUUUGAUGAUGUUGAUGUUGUUUUGAGAUUUUUGCAGCAAUUAUAUGUCACAUACUUUAAUGAAAAUGGAACUCCAACUACAGCAAGUUGCAAACAGACAAUUUUUAAAUUUCAAGCUUCAACCAAAAAUCCAUUAUAUUGUGUGCGUUGUGAUAUACAAGAUGCAUUUGGCUCAAUCAUACAAGAAAAAUUAUAUGAUAUUAUUACUACAUGCUGUAAGGAUUUAAAAUUAAAUUAUGGAAAUUAUAUUGUGUUAAGGAGAUAUACUACAUCAAAAAAUAGAAAAAGGAUAGAAACAGUGCAAUUUUUAUCUCAUUAUUUGAAGAAAGCAAUAAAUAAAAAGGCAAUUAUGAACAAAAAAAAACCCAAGUUAGUUGAAGUGGGAAAACUGCUGGCUAAGAUAAACAAAUUAAUAUUUGAGCAGAAGGUUAAAAUAGAUUGUCAAGUAUAUUCAAUAAAACAUGGUGUGCCACAAGGUAUGCGGAUAUCACCAAUUUUAUCUGAUAUAUAUUAUGAAAAUAUGUUGAAAGAAAUAUUCUUUGUAUAUAAAAAUAAUGGACUUUUGUGCAGAUAUGUUGAUGAUAUUUUAUAUAUCACUGAGAAUGAACAUUAUGCAACAGAGUUUCUAAAAACUAUCAAAAAUGGCGUACCUGAAUAUAAUGUGAAAUUUAAUCUUUUAAAAAUUCAGUCGAAUCUAGGAUUGCAACAUAAAACAAAAAUUAAUUUUUUAGGAUGGAAUAUAAUAAUAUAAUGGGAUAAUAUAUUGUAUGUUUGUAAUAUAAUACAUGUACAAUAUAAUAAUAUUGUAAAA